GGGAGCACCACCCUGGCUACCUCGUCUUUCUAUAUCAAACCCCUCCGUCACUCGGCGCCUCCUAAACGGCUCUCCACCGCUCCCACGGCCGGCUAUCUGCUGGGCGGACCUGUAUUUUUCUAACGCAGUAUUUAAGCCCCCAAAAUAUACACAGAUAUAUAUCUAUAUCUAGAUAUAUUUGGAGUUGAUUAAGGAGAAGAAGCGAGAGACAGGGGAGAGACAUGGCUACGACAACCUGUACGCGAUUCACAGACGAAUAUCAGCUAUACGAGGAGCUGGGGAAGGGAGCGUUUUCAGUGGUGCGCAGAUGUGUUAAGCUGUGCACAGGACAGGAGUAUGCUGCUAAAAUAAUCAACACCAAAAAGUUAUCUGCAAGAGAUCACCAGAAGCUGGAGCGAGAGGCUCGGAUUUGUCGCCUGCUGAAACACCCCAACAUCGUUCGUCUUCACGACAGUAUAUCAGAGGAGGGUUUCCACUACCUCCUGUUUGACUUGGUGACCGGAGGUGAACUUUUUGAGGACAUCGUAGCCAGAGAGUAUUACAGCGAGGCCGACGCCAGUCAUUGCAUCCAGCAGAUCCUGGAGGCGGUGCUUCACUGCCAUCAAAUGGGCGUGGUGCACCGGGACCUGAAGCCAGAGAACCUGCUCCUGGCAAGCAAGUGCAAGAACGCCGCGGUGAAGCUGGCCGACUUCGGCCUGGCCAUCGAGGUGCAGGGGGAUCAGCAGGCCUGGUUUGGAUUUGCUGGCACGCCAGGAUACCUGUCCCCUGAGGUACUGAGGAAGGAGGCAUAUGGCAAACCUGUGGACAUCUGGGCCUGCGGGGUGAUCCUCUACAUCCUGCUGGUGGGUUACCCUCCUUUCUGGGACGAGGACCAGCACAAGCUGUACCAGCAGAUCAAGGCUGGGGCUUAUGAUUUUCCCUCCCCAGAGUGGGACACCGUCACCCCAGAGGCCAAAAACCUGAUCAACCAGAUGCUGACCAUCAACCCAGCCAAGAGGAUCACGGCUCAGGAGGCGCUCAAGCACCCAUGGGUCUGCCAACGAUCCACAGUGGCGUCUAUGAUGCACCGACAGGAGACCGUGGAGUGCCUGAAGAAAUUCAACGCCAGGAGGAAACUCAAGGGGGCCAUUCUUACCACCAUGCUGGUUUCUCGAAAUUUCUCCGUGGGCAGCAGACAGACCACCGCUCCAGCCUCUGUCACUGCAGCUGCAGCAGCUGUGGCUGCAGCCGCCGGCACCACCGCGGGGCUGGUGGAACAAGCAGCCAAGACCUUGCUCAACAAAAAGGCAGAUGUCAAGAAACGCAAGUCCAGCUCUACUAUCCAGUAUAUGCCCCAGACAAACAGCACCAAAAACAGCAUAGUCACCAGCCCCAAAGGAAACAUCCCUUCACCUGCUCUGGAACCUCAGACAACUGUCAUCCAUAAUCCAGUGGACGGGACGAAGGAGUCGUCGGACAGCAGCAACACCACCGUGGAGGACGAGGAUGUGAAAGGGAAGAGCUUAGACAACAGCUCACUUAAGGCGCAGUCCAGCACGAGCUCCCAGCCCGAUAGCUCUCAGGGCCCCUCAGCUGCUGUGCACUCUGCUGCAAAGUUUGCUGACCUGCUGGGCUCAGUGCGUAGGGGCUCAGGGCCCAUAUUUGACGGAGAAGGGAGAUCCAGCACUCCGCCUCCCGCCGCUCUCUCCGCCCCCUCCCCUCCGCACACCCCUGUUGUCCCCAUGCAGAUGUCCCGGCUCACAGACCUGGUAAGCAGCGUUCGCAGGGUGCCGGUGGCGGCCCCCGCGCCCGAAGUCGAUGCUGCGCCGGUGCCGAGCCCCAGGCCGGCCCAUCCACCCGCACAUGCCACCUCCCCACCUCCCCCUCUGCCCCCCUCCAGCCCUUCCCUGUCCUCGUCCCAGACACGCAAACAGGAAAUUAUCAAGAUCACCGAACAGCUGAUAGAGGCGAUCAACAACGGAGACUUCGAGGCAUACGCUAAGAUCUGCGACCCUGGACUGACCUCGUUCGAGCCGGAGGCGCUGGGCAACCUGGUGGAGGGAAUGGAUUUCCACAGAUUCUACUUUGAGAACCUCUUGGCUAAGAACAGCAAGCCCAUCCACACCACCAUACUGAACCCCCACGUCCACCUGAUCGGCGAGGACGCAGCCUGCAUCGCUUACAUCCGCCUGACUCAGUUUGUCGACGGCCAGGGGCGGCCGCGGUCCAGCCAGUCGGAGGAGACCCGCGUCUGGCAUCGCAGAGACAGCAAGUGGCAGAACAUCCACUUCCACUGCUCGGGCGCACCAGCCGCCCCGCUCCAGUGAGAGUUGAAAGCUGUGGUCUUGUCUGUUAAGAGUGCUCUGCUGGAGAGAGGAGGAGGAUGAUAAACGGCUGAAAGAACACGUCCAGUGUGUGUUUAGGGGGACAGGGCUCUUCACCCCUCCUACAACCGACCCUCCCUCGCCGGAUGCCCAGCCUCAAACCCCCAGCAUGCACCUCUUCUUGCUACUACCGCCCCCCUGUCGGUGACACAUCCCACACAACAACCUUCAGUCAAACUGCAGCAGCGACCCAACAUCCUUCCUUUCUUCUUCUUUUUCUUCUUCUUCUUCUUCUUCUUCCUCCCUUACACACUGGGUGUUUGAUGAUGGGGGGCGUUUUUGGGUGUGACUCCUUCUUCCCGUGCCCCCCCCCCCUCCUUCCCUACAAGUUUUGUGAAACCGACCCUCUUGUCGUCCUGUAAAUCCACACUUGUGUGACAUAAACACUGCACUGGAAAUACAGUAUGUAAAGUUUUAAGUAAAAUCUAUUAUUACCAUUAUUACUAUAUUAUUAUUAUUAUUAUUAUUAUUAUUAUUACACAUUUGCAAUUGUAUAUGUAAUUUGUAUAAUUCAGAAUUCUUGAUGCCAGUGGUUUUUAGAGUCGAAGGAAAUGUUUUUUUUUUGUUUGUUUCGUUUUUCUCUAUCUUUAUAAGGAAGCAUGCUACCCCCAGUCCCCCCCCUCCUCACCACCGCCUCCUCCACCCAUAUUAACAGUGGCUGUUUUUUAUUGUGGCUAUUAAGUGGAAAAUGAUAUUUGGCAGUUUUUUGUAAUUUUGCUUCUCGUAUGUUAGAUGUAACUACGCGCCCAAACUCGUCCACAUGUUUUUUUUUUUUAUUAUUAUUAUUAUUAAUUUUAUUUGGAAGGGGUGUGACUGUGAAUGUAGAGGGUGAGGCCUCGCGUGUGCAGGUGUGUGUGUGUGUGUGUGUGUAUAUGUGUGUGUAAGCCAGAGACAUUGCUGGGCUAGUCCAAACCUUGUGUCUCCGUACAGCGUUUGCACGCACCAGGAGUUUUCUAAGAGUCUAAAACAUUUAGCAGAUGUGUGAGGAGGCGCCAGAGGAAGAAACGUUUUCUUCUCGCACCGAUGUUCUUGUCUUGCGCGUCUAAUAUUUCUCGCUUAAACAUGUUCUGAAUGGACAUAUGUGGCAAAAACAAGGCCGCGCUCGUACGCCCCACAAAGUCACGGUCGCUAUGAGAAACCAGUAACUCUCUGUUUGUUUAAAUAAUGUGAUCCUUGCAUCAUUUCUCUUACACAAGAGUAAUUAAUAAUAAAGAAUAAAUCCAAGGCCUUCCUAAUAUUAAAGGAAAAUCACUCACAGCAACAUCUGGAAUUUGAAAAAGAGUCACCCCUUCAAUAGACGCAUAAACUUUAGGGCGUAAGUCGUCCACACAGAACAAAAAACAAAUCAAAAGUAUUAUUUCUUUUUUUUCUCCCCCCCAUACAUCAUUUUCUUUCUGUCGCAAUAAUGAUUUGGCCUCGGUGACAUGCAGUUCCCUAAACCUGCCUUUGAGCAUAUCAGUCUCAGCCUCGGUCUUACUUUUCUGACUAGUGGUGCUAAAAUAAAAUAAUAAUAAUAAUAAUAGUAAUAGUAAUAAAAAAAAUUUUAAAAAAGCUGUCUCCGAGAGAGGGAUGCACCGUCGGCGGCUCCUGCUGUUGCUAGGCGACGGCUGAGCUCCCACACGCAGCAUCAGCCUCUUUUAUGAGGAGUUGAAAUAUUUUUAACCCGCUUAAAUAUCUCGCGCUGUCUGGAACACAAUAGCUCCCCCCUCCCUCCCGCCCCCUUUCUUUUUUUUUUUUCAUCUCUAUUCUAUUUCUUUUGAAUCAAUACGAGAAAUGACUCUCACUUCCAAAAGCCAUAGUGCAGAAGCCGGUGCUGUUGCUGCCUUUACAAAAACGAAGCACAUGCAGACAAUUAACGAACACUUCGGCCCAUAUCAGUAAUAAAGAAUGACGAGUGUGUUUGUUUUGUGGUUUGUCGUUUCAGGACAGUCUUUAGCCACAGGGUGCAAUAUUUGUGAAUCGUGUGUAUGUGUGUGUCUGCAAGCAUGUGUAGCCUAUUGGUUGAUCUCAGUGUGCGUUCUUUACAAGCCUGGCACAUUUUGUGGAGGUGUGUGUGUUGUGUGAGAGAUGGAUGAGGAAGGCUUUAUUUCGGAGGACGAAUCAGUCCCCUGCCUUCAGCCCAGGACUUUUCAUUUUUCUUAUAUAUAUAUUUUUUUUUCAUGCAUUGUUUUUGUUUUUACCGUGUUGUUCUCUUUGAUUUUUGUGUUAUGGUAAAGUGUUUUUAGCUUUUUAAGACAUGAAGUGCUUGUGCCAGCGGUGGAGAGUUGAACCAGGAUUGAACCAGAACUGAACCAGGACUGAACCAGGACUGAAUCAGGACUGAACGGAUGGACAUCGCAGCACUGAAAACUGAUUUUGCGGGAGUUCACUUUGCGAUCAGCACCGCUGUACUUUUGCUCGUCCACCAUUGGCUGCCUUUUAUUUGUCUCGCCCCCUGUUGGUCAGACCAAGAUGUUAAGAGACCGGGCAGUCGGUUUUUGGGUGAACAGUCCUCAGGUUUCUAUUUAUUUUGAAUAUUUAUUUAUUUAUUUUAGUGGGUAUUUUUAUUGUGCGCUUUCUUUUCUUUCUUUUUUUUUUUUUUUUUUUUGCUAUUGUACAACUCAUGCACUUGUGCAAGUACUGUCUGUAGUUGUUCAAAGGGACAAUGCUCCAUGUAAAGCGUGACUUUUAUUAUUAUUAUUUUUUUUUUUUUUUUUGAAAAAAAAAGGAUAGCACACCCAAUUUGCAUUCUGCAUGUGUUUUCUUGUAACGACCAACGUGGUGUGAAUUUCUUCUUUUCUGCUUCUUCUGCGACUUCAGAUCGACGCCUCCUGUGGCCGUUUUGUGGUGUCUUAUCUCGUUUCCACUAAGGUCACUACCAUCCUGCCAGAGUGGGACAUUUAUCACUUCGAAACACAUAUUAAUAGAGGAUUGUACUCUGUGUGAAGUGAGUGAACCAUCCCUCCAAACGCUUCAUAGUUUUUCUUGUUUUUACAGGAAUAUUUUUGUCAAAUGAAUUUUUUUUUUUUUUUUUUUCCAUAGUGAACCUCUGAGACGUUGUCCUGCUCUUGUAAAGAUGUUCAUGUCCGGUUCAACCUCUCUUUGUUCUAGUAUUAAACAGGUCAAAAGACACACCCCCUUAUGUUAAAAAAAAAAAAGGAGAAAUAGCAGCAUGUACAGUACAAAAGUGUUGUUCUUCUGUUCUUCUUAGUGUGUUAAUAGCCUUGGAAAUCAGUAUAUUAAGAUGCACAUAUUUAAAACGAGGGAGUACACAGUAUUACACACCUGCAAAUAACUAGCAUCGUAGCUGGCCUUUUUCUUAUUUUUUUAUUUUAUUUUAUUUUACUUUUGCAUGGCAGCCAACAGGAGACUUGUUAUUUUUUACCCCUUUUUGGUGUUUUUAUUUGGCUUUUAUUUGGCUCAUUUUCUACUGAAUGCUGGUAUACGCCACCUUUCUCUAUUUUCUUCAGCUUUUUAAGUGCAUAUAGCUAUUUUUGUCUCCAGAUGAUAUAAUGAAGAUGAUUCUAAUGAUAAAGUUUAUUAUAUUAAUGACUGUGGUACUGAGGCUGACUGUGAGGAAGUCGACCGUGAUGAUGAUGAUGAUGAUGAUUAUUUCGCAUGCUUUUCUAUGGGGGCUCUGUGUUGUCAGUGCAGAGCGGCUGCCUUUUGUACAUAACUGAGAGGACGCGUCCUGCAGACAGAUUAAAGGCGGUUGAAGGAGUGAAUGAGCACCAGCAGGGGGCGCUGUCACAGAAAAGUAAAGCACAAAUACAUGCAUGGAUGACAGGCCGAUGCUUCUAACGUAGCUGCACAUGCAGUUGACCUUAGUGUCGACUCAUGGUUCUCCAGCUUCCACUAAGAUUAAACUGAUCAGGGCUGCAAAAUGAAGCCGCUGAUAAACCAUCAAAGCUGAAAUCCUCAUUGAACGUACCUGGCGGUGCAGCUCUGCUUCUAAACUGCAUAAAGUGUCCUCCUCUGGUCUCUCGGGGUCAGUGCGAGCUCUGCUGCCUUCCCGCCAGCUGUUUAGUCAGACGAAGCGUCACUGAGAGAAUCUGUAGCCACUGUGUUCGCUCUGACCUUCUGCCAUCUUCUUUCUCCAGCCGCUGAGCUGCACUGAAAACACUGAGCAAGCUUCUAUGUGUCGGCUCUCUUUCACUCUUUCCUCCCUUCCCCUCUGUUUCCAGGCUUCUUGGGUCAUUUUUCUGCAGCUGACUCUUUCUAGUUUGUCUCUUUUUUGUCAGUUUGGGUUUUACUUCUGUAUAAUAAUAUUAAUCCUCUAGUUCUCGGAUUCUUCUUCAGAUUAUUGCUCUGUUCUCUUACGUGAACAUGUGUUAAGGUGUUAACAAUAAAAAAAAAACUUUAAAUA